GCCGCCUUUUGCUUCUUCUCAAGGAGAAGGCAAAGACACAGAGGUCAUGGUGAUGUUACCGAAGUUGCUAUGACACCCUCCAAAGAUGCUUCCUACGCACAGGUUGGGUCAGGGAUGCAAAAGCAGGACGACAACGUCAUGCCCCAACUGAAGAACUUUCUCCUCGAUUCCCUCUCCGAUCAGGAGCUCGCCGCCGAGCUUCGCGACCGACACCACCUCAUCCAGCAACACGUCGAGAACCACUAUCACUUCCACCCCUUGGAUGCUACACGUAUAAAUCGCCAGAGCCUUGUUGCGGCCCUCUCCCAACUAGGCUUGGGUCAGGCUAGUACUGAAGGCCCCUCAGCCGAAACAAUCGUCUCAUUUGCCUUGGAUCCGAACACAAGGCAGAUAGCUCUCCAGCACGUCUUAUCCACAGUCAUCUUCACGAGCAUUGAUCCCAGCGCCCGGAGCCCGCUGUCCAUGCUUCCCCCGUCCGUUGCGGCGUUUCUGCAGUCCAUUCCCAUGGAUGAAGAGCACGGAGUCAGAAGACAGGUGCAUUCUCAAGCCUCCACCCUCGCCAUUCACUGGUGGCGUGUGCUCUCCGCCUUCUUGUUGCACUCUCAACGCAGCCAGCGGACCGCCUUGACUCCAACAGACGCGGCGCUCGCGCCCCAAGCUGCUGCCAUGGCGCAAGCGCUGAAUAGCUUCCUGAGAUACUUUGUCGAGGACUCGAACCCAGCCCGGUUCCAGCAGGAAAGUCAUUUGCGGGAGGUUAUCGUCGAGUGCGCCAAGUUUGGGUACCUGCUGUUUUCACAGCCGAGUGACUGGUGUAUGUUGCACGUUGCUGGGCACGAGCAAGUGGCCAGCACAGUUCGCAGCUAUCGGGAAGGGAUAGUGUGCGCCGCUGGUCUGGUCAAGCUUACGGAUAAAGAUGGACGGCGGCUUGGUGGAAGUGCGCAGACAAGCGGGACGUUGGUUGUUCCGCCUGUGGUUGGGUGGCGGACUGAGUGAGCUUGUCACGCGUUCAUCGACGGGAGAUAGUUCGGCUUAGGUUGUGGGAAUUUGGAAAGACACUGAGUACACAUACGAUGAUAAUGGACAUUUCACUGGGUGCGUAAUACAUCUGCUCGGAUAGCGAGAAACUGGCAGUUUUCAAGCAGGCAAAUGGGGUUCUAUCGUUAGCCAACCUCUACAGCAACAUCUGAUGGUCAACUUGCUGACCGCAUCCAAACAUGAAGUCCCUGUUUCCAUCGGUUUCCACCUUCAUAUUUGGACGCUGGGCAAUCUCUAAAUCAACAAGGGACGAUCACAAAUUGCUCUAUCUUGUUCCGGCUAAAUUACUGCGAUCCUCC